AUGCUCUCCGAUUCCCCGCACCAUUUUGCCUUCCCGGGCCCCAGUCCAGCAUCGUUCAUCGCACCAUUUCGACCUUCCGCCGCACGUCGCUCCGAUCGAGGAUGGCGCCCUAUAGCCUUACGCCCGCCGUUCCUCGCUGGUCUUGCAUGCUGCAUACUGAGUAUGUUCAUGGUCCUAGAAGGUAUCCGACAAUAUAGCAAUCGUCAGGGUGGCCUCGUUUUCUUCUCUGACACCGACGAUGUCACUUCCGUUCAGUCCUUUUUGUAUAACUAUCUGCCCAUAAUCGUCUCCCUCUUGCUACUCAUGGUGUGGACUGUUACCGACUUCGAUGUGCUUCGACUGGAACCUUAUUUCCAAUUAUCGCAACCCGGGGGCGCCCCGGCGUCUGUUCUAUUCAUCAACUAUAACUUCGGCCAGACAAUCCUUACCCCGAUAAACGCCGCGCGCCGCCAUCAUUGGGUUGUUCUAUGGGUUUCAUUAGUCACACUUUCAAUUCGGAUGGUCCUUCCAGCCUUGACAAGUACGAUGUUUGAGCUUCGUGGUGUGGACGUGAUUCAGCGUGCGGAAAUGAAAAGUUGGCCCCAUUUGGUCGAUCUGGAGAGCCAGGCGAGCUGGAUGUCGACCCAGGCUAAUCACUCGAUGGAUUCGGUGCUCUCGUCUGAUAAGAAGGUACCCCGCACGCGAUCAGCGAAUUAUGCGAUUGCGCCGGUGGAGAUUCCUGCCGAUUCCAGCGAAAAAGACACAAUGUGGACAUUGGAUCAAAUGCUGUACUGGUCUGACCUGACCUGUAUUGAUGUGCCCGUGGAUGAAUCUCUUUCGUCGGUCACUAUCAACGAAACCGUCUCUAGCUCCGGCUUUCCUACGAUCUCAUGGAACGCUACAGGUACCGACUCGCAAGACGAUUACAAUAGCUCCUCUACGUGCAGGUUGGAUUUUCACUACUCUAGUAUCUUCUUCUCGGGCACGGAUUACCUCCAGGUUCGUUACUGGGAGCCCGUUAUCGAUCAAUCAGCAGCGGCGGAGUAUCCCAAUCACACUCACGCUUUCACCACUACUGGCUGCGACCCACACGAUCUGUACGGCAUGCUGAUCUCUGUGAAUGCCACUGGCGCUACCUCAUCCGAGCCUGAAUACGCUGCGUCCGGUGUUGCGUUCGCCUGCGAUAUUUCCUACCACAAAGCUGAAGCGAGGGUGCAGAUGCACUCGAACAGUUCAAUCACGUCCAUCCAUAUUCACCCAGCCACGACUCGUACGGUUACUGAAGCAGAGUUCAAUAUCGCUCACUUCCAGGCUCUGCUUUCUGAGCACGCUCCUUAUACCAGUGACAUGUUGUUUAUCCGUGAAAACGAGACCACUGGGGCUCAAACAGUAACGGAGCUACCUGUGAUCAGUGAGGAAAUGGGCGAUCUUGAAUCAUUGCUCAUGUUGGAUACUGCCGCCAUCAUGACCCAAGCAGAAUUCAAGGCUCGGAUUCGGCGUGAUGUCAAGCAAACGUUCGUCUUAACCCUAGGCCGUCUCUUCGACCCAGAUCGCAAACCAACCACCAUCUUUGCAACCAGCUCGACAAACAAAGUUGCCAUUGCGAUUGUGAAUUUUGCCGCCCUCUGGUCUGAGCUUAUUCUCGGGUUGGCAGCUUUGACCUCGAUAUAUCUUUUGUUUUUAUAUCGGUCGCGCCAGACGUUCCUUCAAAGUGAUCCCGGGUCAAUAGCCGCUAUGUGUAGCAUCGCUGCCGACGUUCUCCACCCGAACAACAUCCUGGCUGACCCCAGCAACGAUUUUCACCAAUUUUCUACUCGACAACUGAACCUCAUUUUCCGAAAAGCCCGUUGCUAUUGGCGACCUACUCCAUCAGGAAACCGACUCGAGAUUCUCGCCGAAGAUGGGUCUCCAGUGCAGAUUGGGGACGAUACACGAGUCCUUGUUGAUCGAAUGCCUCACUUCCUUGUGGUCCCGUUCUUCAUCAUUGAAUUCGGCCUUUUGGCCGCUGUCAUUAUAUUGAUGGGCCUUGUAAUCGGUUCAUUGGCGCGAGAUGGUAAAUUUCGCCAUUUGACACAAUCCGACUCUAGCUCUUUCCAGGUUGUUCUGUCUAUUCUUCCCUCGGUUGUGGCUUCUUCCGUCGGCUCCUUGUGCACAUCUAUUCACCGCAAUAUAAGCGUCCUGGAGCCAUGGGUUCACCUUCAGCGAGGAAUGGCAACCGCCCGGGCUUCGCUUGCUACAAACUAUGCGUCUCAGAGCCCUUUCGCAAUCUUUUUCAAAUGCGUCCGCAACAGGAAUAUUUUGUUGAGCCUGGUAUCUUUAGCAUGCGUCGUCAAUAUGGUUCUGACGGUCGUCGCUGGUGGUCUAUUCACCCAAGAAAUGACGACGUCCAACCUCACAACCACUGACUUGACUAUGAACUAUAGCCAGUCAACGUUCUUAAGAAGCGACUUCUCAGCUGAGUUCACAGAGUAUGACUUGAUACAGACCAGCAUUAUGAGUGGUGUUCCUAUGCUAUCUUGGACUAGCUCUAAUCAGUCUUUCGUUCCCGUUCACAUCAAUCACCGUGAUCCUGAAGUGAUGUACGGUGCGGAGACCCUUGGUAUCGGGGCAGCAAUGGAAUGCCAAGCUCUUUCCCCGGAGGAAGGUCUAUUCCACAACAAAACUACAGGCCUUGACUAUUGGCAGUAUUCAAUGUUCCACAACUCUUCUGUUGAAUGCACGGCCCCCAUGCCAUCACAGAAUAAGGACGAAGGUAUCGCCCUCUCCAUCCAUUUUCUCUCACCAGAUGAUGCGAAUGGCGGCACUGUCUGCCAGACAUCCACUGUCCUAGUCGUGGGGCGUUGGGAUUACUUAGCCAAUAGCGAUAUUACCGAUUAUAAUACCAUCGCUUUGCAUUGCGAGCCUCGAGUGCGGAUGCAAGACUACUCCAUCAAAUUUGAUGAACAUGGACAGAUUCACACACACAUACCCGUUGCAAAUACCUCCAUCACAGAAGGGACCAUGUAUGACAACGCCACUGUGAGCCUCGGGCAAUUCAAUAAGGUCUUCGCCGCCAUUCCUGACAGCUACGUUGGUAAUACCACGACCAUCAAUGGGACAUACAAUAUAUCUUCAUAUGACUGGGCCGGAUUCCUAGUUGCACGUCUUUAUCAACGUGAAGAUCCCGAUUUCGACUCCCUUGAACCUGCUCGUCUCAUAGAUUUGACUCGACAUGUCUACCAAUGGGUUUACAGCACUUAUUUCUCUAUUUGGCGUGACAUCUAUUUAGAACCACUACAAAAACCAGUGGCCGCCAUCAAUCCCAUCGUCAUUCGAAGCACCUGGGCUAUGGUUCCAUCAAUCCCAUCACUAGCAAUUGCUCUGAUGAUCAUCGGAUUCGAUACCUUAGUGGUCCUCCUGGUAUUCGGAACCCGGCGCGGUCGAUUCCGCGGCCCACGAAUGCCACGUUCGAUUGGCGCCAUUGUCCCCUGGCUGGCACACAGUCGGAUGCUGAAUGACUUCAAGACCACCCACGCCUGGACCAACUCCAAGCGACGGGAGCAUCUUGCCGCGUUGGAUAGGCGUUAUGGGUUCCGCAUGUUCUUAAGUCCGGACGGUCGCUGGCGAUUUGCCGUAGAUGAAGAACCACCACAAAAACUACCUGAUGAUCCCCAGGAUGUGCAACAUCUUGCUUUCGAACCCGAUCCUGAUGCCGAUGCAAAUGGCGCGAACAAGACGACUUCUAUCCAGUUGCAAGAGCUCACUAAUCAACAACCGCGGGCCCGGGAACCGCCUUCCUAA